UUUUAUUUCAGACAAAAAUGGUUUAACUGGUAAAAUAAUAAAUUUGUGUACAUUAUAGUAUUUCCCAGAUCACAAAGUUACGACAACCAUGGAUAAAGAAGAGGGGAUAGCUAGUAGGUGUAAACCUAAAGGAAUCAGAGAUAAUGGAAGAAUUAUUACUUCUCUUCUCCCUCUGUUGAGUGUACUAACACUGGACAAUAUGUGUCCUGAAAUAAUCAGGCAUAUUCUUCAGUUCCUGGAUUACAGAAGUAAGAAGAUGCUGAGGGGAGUGUCCUCUACUCUCAAGAACAGGGUUGAAGGAUGUGGGGAAAAACUUGUUCAUUACUGGAGGUUUUCUACCGAGUUUACAACAGAUCAGCUCAUCAAGUUUGCUGAUGAAGUUGAAACAGUUUUAGGAUUUGAAGCAGAAGAUGCUAGAGAUGAUGGUGUUGAGUAUCUUGUGAAGAAACAUCCUGAAAUUCUCAUGUUUCAACUUGGAAAAGAAUCCUGGCAAAAUAGUAAAUUGCCUUCAACUGGAUUGAAUGAAAUAUUCUCCCUUCCAUCCUUGUCUACCUUGAUUAUAGAAAGAAGCAUUGAAUUUAUUUCUGGAAUAAAUGUCAACAUAGUUUCAAAACAACUCCAAACUCUACAGCUGACUUGUAAUAAAACUCUGAAUGAGGGUCUGAAUAAUGACUGGUUUCUACAAAUAUUGGAACAGUGUGGGAGUACCCUUAAAACUCUGACCUUGGAGAAUUCGAAUAUUACUGGUGAAAUAUUGAUUAAAUACAAGGGAACCCUGCCUUGUUUAGAGAACCUGAAAUUAAGAGGCUGUGAACAACUCACGGAUAAAGGACUGCUACUGAUACUUCAGCUUUAUGAAAGUACACUUAGAUCCCUGGAUAUAUCAGGAAUAAAAGUAAUGGGAGAAAAUCUGUCUGAAUACAAGGGAACCCUUUCUUGUUUAGAGAACCUGAACAUGAGUGAAUGUAAUCAACUCACAAAUAAAGGACUUCUGCAGAUACUUCAGCUUUGUGGAAGUACACUUAGAUUCCUGGAUAUAUCAGGAACAGAAGUAACAGGAGAAAAUCUUUCUGAAUACAAGGGAACUAUUCAUUGUUUAGAGAACCUGAACAUGAGAUACUGUGAACAACUUACUAAUAAAGGACUUCUGCAGAUGCUACAGCUUUGUGGAAGCACACUUAGAUCCCUGGAUAUAGAGGGAACACAUAUAGCUGGAGAAAAUCUGUCUGAAUACAAGGGAACCCUGCUUAUUUUAGAGAACCUGAACAUGAGUAUCUGUAAACAACUCACAAACAAAGGACUACUUCAGAUACUACAGCUUUGUGGAAGUACACCAAGAUCCCUGGAUAUAUCAAGUACAAAUAUAACUGGAGAGAAUCUGUCUGAAUACAAGGGAACCCUGCCUUGUUUAGAGAACCUGGACCUGUGGGGCUGUAAUCAACUCACACACAAAGGACUAUUGCAGAUACUACAGCUUUGUGGAAGUACACUUAGAUCCCUGGAUACAUCAGGAACAAAUGUAACUGGAGACAAUCUGUCUGAAUACAAGGGAACCCUGCCUUGUUUAGAGAACCUGGACAUGAGUGACUGUAAUAAACUCACAAACAAAGGACUUCUGCAGAUACUACAGCUUUGUGGAAGUACACUUAGAUCCCUGGAUAUAUCAGGAACAAAUAUAACUGGAGAGAAUUUGUCUGAAUACAAGAGAACCCUGCCUUGUUUAGAGAACCUGAACAUGAGUAUCUGUGAACAACUUACAAACAAAGGAUUACUACAAAUACUUCAGCUUUGUGGAAGUACACUUAGAUCCCUGGAUAUAUCAAGUACAAAUAUAACUGGAGAGAAUCUGUCUGAAUAUAAGGGAACCCUGCCUUGUUUAGAGAAACUGAACAUGAGAUACUGUAGACAACUUACAAACAAAGGACUGCUGAAGAUACUACAGCUUUGUGUAAGUACACUUAGUUCCCUGGAUAUAAUAUAGUUGGAGAGAAUCUGUCUGAAUACAUGGGAACCCUGCCUUGUUUAGAGAACCUGAACAUGAGAUAUUGUGAACAACUUACAAACAAAGGACUGCUGGAGAUACUACAGCUUUGUGGAAGUACACUUAGAUUCCUGGAUAUUGGGAAUACGACAAGUCAAAAUAUGAACAAUUUUCUUCAUCGAAUGUCAUCUUUUUAUUAUCUUAAACAGUUGUCAAAAUCUGCUUCGGAUUUAUAGAUGCAAGAUUAGAAAAUGCGUUAUCAUUUACUUUUUUUAAACCUUUCAACGCAUGUUUAUAUACAUAUGUGUUAGAUUUAUAUUUUUUUAUUAAAUUUUAUUGCAAGUUUUA